GGUUAACUUGUUUUUCCUUCUGAACAUAGUACUAGUGCUUGUGACGAAGUUACGAGACACCCAUCGGGCGGAGUCCAACAUGUACAUGAAAGCAGUACGAGCCACGUUAAUUCUGGUGCCGUUAUUAGGGAUCCAGUUUGUUAUAUUUCCAUGGCGGCCGGAAAAAACCGACUGGCGGGGGAAAUUUAUGAUUAUAUCAUGCACAUAUUGAUGCAUUAUCAGGGAUUACUUGUUGCCACCAUCUUCUGUUUCUUUAACGGAGAGGUA